CAUUGAUUGUCUCAUUUCUUCCCCUCCCCCCUUUCAUUAAAUAUAUGCAUAAAACAAGCAUAGCAAUAAUACCAACUUUUGCUUUCUUCAUCUCCCCCUUUGAAACUUCCCAUCAUCUUGUUCUUCUCUCCAUCUAUUCCUCCUCCUCGCCUCUGCUUCACCCGAUCUUGUUUCUGCUCAGAGAAAUGGGUUUCGAAGAUGGGUGCAACACCAGUUUGGCGCUUUCCUUGGGCAACGUCUCCCAUGGAGAGGCAUACAAGCCACUGAACAGACCCUUGGGCGGCGGUGCAAGAUCUGAUCGCCUCUUCCCUUCUGCCAAUCACGAACCGGAUCUCUCCUUGUGCCUUCUGAACACUCCCUCACGAGGUACAUGCUUUUCCUUUGAUGAGGGAAGGUCACAGAAGAGGAAGGAUGACAACAAGAGUUACGAAGAGAGGGAGAACAGCCUUCUAUCGUCGCCUCGUAAUGCUUCCUCUUGCAUAAAGAGAGAAAGGGAGGCUGUCAGUGAAGAUUUAGAAACAGAGAGGGUUUCUUCAAGGGUCAGUGAUGAAGAUGAAGAGGCUAGUGGAAGGAAAAAGCUGAGGUUGACGAAGGAACAAUCUGCCCUGUUGGAGGAAAGCUUCAAGGAACAUAGCACUCUCAAUCCCAAGCAAAAGCAGGCCUUGGCCAAGCAAUUGAAUCUGCGUCCGAGGCAGGUGGAAGUAUGGUUCCAGAAUAGGAGGGCAAGGACCAAGUUGAAGCAGACAGAAGUUGACUGCGAAUUCUUGAAGCGGUGCUGCGAAACUUUAACAGACGAGAACCGGAGGCUGCAGAAGGAACUCCAAGAACUGAAGGCCCUGAAAUUGGCCUCCCCACUGUGCAUGCAGCUGCCGGCAGCAACCCUCACCAUGUGCCCCUCCUGCGAGAGAAUUGCCACCAAGGACACCAGCAAGAACCACUUCACCAUGACCACAAAGACCCCCUUCUACAACCCUUUCACCCAUUCCUCGGCUGCCUGUUAGGGUUUGGAAAACUGAGUCAGGGGAGGACUACCCUUGUCUUUCUUUCCGGUCUUUCGUCUUGUAGGUGGUUGUCUCACGAUUGCACUAGACCAAGUUCCCUCCCCUUUUUUGUAAAUCCUCACUUUUUUCAGGACCAUGUUUUCCUCAUUAAAAUAUAAAUCAAAGAUUGUAGAAAUUCAACAGAUUUUAGUGAUGAGACAUCUUGUGCAUAUCUCAGGCAGUGCAAAACUGCAACACUUCAUGCUACGUUAACUUUUACAGCAAUAUAAUAUUCUUCUAUGUCAAACCAUUCUCAUCUUCUCCUUUUCUUGCCUUCCGUUCACACCUUCUCUUUUGUCAAGUUCUUGAAUAUAUAUAUAUAUAUAUAUGAGAAAGAGAGAGAAUGUGUAAUAAUGAAUGGGUUUACCAUGUGAACAAAGGACGUUUCAAAAGUAGGGAAACAAGAGAGUGGUGGGGGUGGCCCCAUGUGUCUCCCACAUCUCACAUGGUGAUGAGCAGAGAAUAAUGAUGAUGAUUGAUUGAUUUUUUUUUCCCCCCUUUCCUCUCUCUUGUAAGUGAUAUUAUGAUUACGUGAUGGAUGACUCGUUAGAUGGAUGGAUGGUUGGAUAGAUGUUUGGGCGGGUGGGCCUCUCACGUGUUCUUCCUGUCCAUGCUUCGAUCAAAAGGCAGCAGGGAGAAGAAGACUAGUCCAAGAGGCGUGUGAGACAAGAAAAUAUGGGAAUCAUUGCCCUCAAACCCUUGUUUUCAAAGCAAAGAUAAAUGCGGCGACCGCUUCGACUAAUGAGAAAAAGGUUACCUUCAUGAUUCUUUCGUUGGCCGCGAGAUUUAGUUUACAGAGUCAUGCAAAGACCAACUCCCAUCGGCCGGCCGCUCGUCAUUAAUUAAUGUAUUCUCACCUGUACAGGCAUAAAGAAAUUCAGACUAAGAUUUGGUGGGUGGCGGAGGGAAGGAGGAACAGUGAAAGGUUUGGCUGUAUCUAGGCAGCGAAAGAGGAAGAUGGGAGAAGAAAAAAGGGAAAACGCUCGAGAUUGAGGGAGUGAUGCCUGCCUUUUCCAUGGCGUGUGGGGUCGUCUCCACGUGAUGUGGCUGUUGGGCUUAUGCAUUUGAUUCCACAGGAAUGUCAGUGAGAGAAGACUCCAUCAGCUCAGUUUUCAAUCGCUAUACUCUCUCUCUCUCUCGUGCUAAACCCUCCUCAUCCAUUUCUUGCCCGAUGCAUGUGGGCAUCGAGAAAACGAUGACCUUUCAAUUUCAUUAGCAAUUAUGCAACUGUCGUGGAUGUGGAAGUCAUCAAUGUCGUGCAAAAAAUUUUACUGUUCUAUAUAAAGCAAAGGAUAGCAACACAGUGAAUUUCUCUUC